AUGAAAACUCAGCCCUUCCGUCGUCGAGGGAAAGGAGAACAGAUGGAGAAGGAGCAGGAACCCAGCCAGAUGCCUCCAGCAUCCUCACCGUUUCGUUUUGUGGCGUGCGCCUUACUCCUGAUGGGAUUAUUUCUAAUAAUGGUAGCACUUUGGUGUCCCUAUGCCACUGUUUUCCAGAAGACAAUGAAGGUUGAAAAGCUGGAGUUACAAAAGGAUGGGUUCACCAUCAAGAACCAGGAUGGAGACAUGAUCUUCAGGUUGACCUUUCGGUCUGGGGUCCUUGACCUGGAAUCCUGCUUCCAGGAGAAGGACAUGUUAACUUGCACCAGGACAGAGGAAAGAAAGAUUCAUUUCACUGCCAGGGCAAUUAAACCAAAGAGGACUGUGAUCUGCUACUCCAUCACCUGGGAAGAGUUUUUAGCAGACACUGUGGUGGACCACAAAAUGUUCUGGGGAGAUGCCCACUGGUAUGGAGGCUAUGAAAUGAGUGUCCAGCAUUGGCCAAUCGAGCUGCCAGGAUCCCAGGAUCCCAUGCCUUAUGUGAACAGCGACGUGUAUUCUUUUCGGAACAGCUUUGGAGGUGUCCUGGAGAGAUACUGGUUGUCCUCCAAAGCAGUAGCUGUCAAGAUCAAUGACUCGGUUCCCUUCCACCUUGGAUUCAAUGCCACGGAACUAUCUCUUGUUUUCCAAGCCAGGUACAAAGAUUCUCCAUACGGUUCUUUGCUGGAGAAUCAAGCUUUUCCAAGGUUAUGUUACCGUGUCUGCACAGCUCCAGACAUGACUUCCACCCAUAGAUACAUGUCACGGAAUUAUUUCAAGAAACCUUUGAAGGUCCCUUCAGAACAAAUGUUCAGGUUUCCAAUCUGGUCCACCUGGGCCCUUUACAAAAAAGAGAUCGAUCAAAAGAAAGUUCAGGAAUUCGCUGAAAUGAUCCUGAAGCACGGCUUCAAAGCCAGCCAUAUUGAAAUUGACGACAUGUACACCCAGAAUUACGGUGACUUUGACUUCAGCGUCUCGAAGUUCCCUCGCGCGGCAGAAAUGUUUGAAAAGCUUAAGAAGGACGGAUUUAAUGUUACCGUCUGGAUCCACCCUUUUGUCCACGAGAAGUCAUCAAACUUUAAGGUAGGAAUCGAGAAACAAUUUUUUGUCACACAACGAAAUGAGAGAUCCCCUGCCAUGGUGAAGUGGUGGAAUGGAAUUGGCGCCAUAUUGGAUUUCACCAACCCUUCGGUCAGAGAUUGGUUUCAUGCCCACUUAAAGGAACUUUGCUUAAAAUACGGCAUAUCCUCGUUCAAGUUUGAUGCCGGGGAGACAUGCUAUCUUCCCAAAGAGUUCACCACCUUCCAACUCUUUCCAGAUCCCAGCACCUGGUCCAGGUAUUAUGCAGAAAUGGCCAGCCCUUUUCACAAGUUGGCAGAAGUUCGCGUGGGUUACCAGACCCAACACAUCCCAUGCUUCGUUCGUAUAAUUGACCGGGAUUCAAUUUGGGGAUAUGAGCUUGGGUUAAAAUCCAUAAUUCCCACAGUUCUAAGUAUUGGCCUUCUGGGAUACCAUUUCAUCCUACCAGAUAUGAUUGGUGGAAAUUUUGUUGCAGAUAAAACCGACGGGGCUGAGCAAAUUCCGGACCGGGAACUGUACCUCCGUUGGCUGGAGUUGUCCGCUUUCAUGCCGUCCAUGCAGUUCUCCAUCCCACCUUGGCUCUACGAUAAGGAGGUCAUCGAAAUUGCCCUGAAGUUCACCAAGCUUCACGAGUCCUUGGUGGCCCCUCUGCUGCUGGAACUGGCCGGGGAGAUCACGACCACGGGGGAUCCCAUCAUACGGCCCAUAUGGUGGAUCUCUCCUGGGGACGAGUCUGCUCACAAGAUCGAUUCUCAGUUUCUCAUUGGAGACACCUUGAUGGUGGCUCCCGUCUUGGAGAUGGGGAAACAGGAACGAGACAUCUAUAUCCCGGCGGGCAAAUGGCGGAGUUACAAAGGAGAGCUGUUUGAGAAGACUCCUACCUUGAUCACGGACUACCCCGUGGAUCUGGAUGAGGUGGCUUAUUUCUUUUUGGUUCCUUAA